GUCCCUCUACCAGGCUCGGGAGAAGACAAGCAUAAAUGGGGCAUAGAACAAGACGGCAAUUUCAGCCUCAAGUCUGCUUACUGCCUUGCAUCAGACGCUCUUGGGAUCUGGAAGGGGAUAUGGAAGUGGAAGGGACCGAACAAGAUUAAGCACUUCAUGUGGUUGGUGACCCAUAACAGGUUGAUGACAAACAAAGAAAGAGCAAAGCGUGGACUGACUACCAACAGCAACUGCCCUCACUGCAACAACACGGAAGAAACGGUGGAGCACAUCCUCCGUAGAUGCAAAAAGACCGAGGGUGUUUGGAAUCACUUCAAUUUUUUCAUCACUGCUCAGGACCCCAGCCAGGACUUCAAAACAUGGCUACUCAACAACAUGAAAGAUCAGAACAAAGGGACGGAAUUUGGGAUCAUCUGUUGGUGUUUAUGGAAACAGAGGAAUGAGGAAGCUAUGGAGGGGAAAUCCUUCUCUGAAAUAGGCCUCAUUAAAAGAAUUUCCGCCUGCUUUACUAUCAACACCUAUGCUGUGACUAACUCGGCUUGUAUUGGCCUGGUCAAAACCUCCAACAGAGAAAGGAGGUUCAUAUCAUGGAAACCACCCAAGGAAGGAUGGAUCCAACAGCAAAGCGAUGGAAGUUACAAGAGCUCCAACCGAAGUGCUGCUGCUGGAGGAUUGCUGAGAGAUCAUCUUGGAAAGUGCACUGCAGCCUAUGCUUGUAACCUGGGGUCCUGCACCAUCACUAGGGCCGAGCUCAAAGGGGCUGUUGAAGGAUUAAAGAUUGCCUGGGAAAAGGGAUACAGGAAAGUGGAAGUCAAUCUGGACUCGAAUACAGCUGUGAGUAUUUUGAAAGAAAAGGGAGACACCAGCAGCAACCAUGGACUUCUUGCGCUUCAAGCUAAAGAACUCCUUAGUCGUAGCUGGACUGUUAAUAUUAAUCAUGUUUAUAGGGAGUGUAACUCUGCUGCUGAUUUCUUAGCUAGCAUGGGGCAUGAUCUCCAUUUUGGCACGCAUCACCUUGAUACGUGUGACCCCAAACUCCUGUAUUGGCUGAACUAUGACGCUAGGGAAACUUCCCAAGAGCGCGAUAUUUUAAUCUGAUUCUGGAUGCUCUGCAUCCAUCUUCUUACCAAAAAAAAGUAGUGGCCAUUUUGGGAAGUCAUUCCCUUCCAUAGAGUUUCCACCUUCCAGCCAUACAUCUAUCAUUAUCUAGUCCAUUCCAGAAACAAGCACUAGAAGAUAGUUAACCUAUUGACAAAACUCAAAAUUUCCCCACCUUUUCGAUUAUAUUAUUAUAAGAGAAAGGAGAAAAGAAAUAAAGAUCUUGUUGUGUUGCUACUCCAAAGACAAACUCAUACAAACCAAACCCUCAAACAAAAAGAGGAGGAAGGAAAAUGGUCAUUUUCCAAGUUCUAGGCCAACCGAACCCUCAAACAACUUCCCUCCCCCACCUUCAGUCCUAGGCCAACCGAUUCCAAGUUCUAAGAAAAACAACACAGCAAAUUCACCCCCUUCCUCCCAUUCUUCUCCUGCAAAUUCACGGUGAAGCCAUUUCCCAUUUCCCUAAAUUGUGAAUUAUUCACCCCGUUCCUCUCAUUCCUCUCCUGCAAAUUCUUAUAUGCACAUUAUAAGAAAAAAAACACAACACCACCAGUCCACCACCACCCCUUCAUGAUCAUUAUCAUUAGAACAAUCAACAUAGAAAAAUUAGCAGAAGUUUAGGGAAAUGGGAAACUAAUUGAUGAAUCCUCCAAAAUCAAAACCAAAAAAAAAAAAUGAAAGAACAACGAUUAAUUGGAGACUUGGAGUGGGAGGUCUCACAUCAGCUUGUCGUCGGGAUGGCGGCAACUGGCUUCGAGGAGGCAGGACGGAGAUGGUGGCGUCGGCGGCAGGGAGAGAGUGAGGGAGAGGGUCGACGACGGCAGGGGCAGCCGCGUGGCAGGGAGAGAGUAAGGGAGAGGCACGGCUGCGGGGAGAGUGAGGGUGGCAGCAGGCAGGGAGAUUGAGCGACUGAGUGAGGGAGAGGGAGACUGGAAAUCUCGAUGGUGGACUGAAAAUCUGGAAUCGGCAAAUCGCGAUGGUGAGGACGUGAGGUAGGGCAGGGUUCGUCGGUUUAGGGAUUUAGCCUUUAGUCGGUUUGUCGGUUUUAGGAGGUGAGGGAGAGCGCCGGUUAGUCGGUUUAACCGACGGUUAUUUACCUCGGUUAGCCGGCCUCCUCAACCCUUCUACCGCCAACCGCCCGAGCUAUUAUUUUUUCGGUUAUUGGUUAACCCGUAACCGCCGGUUAUCGGCAAUAAAUAACCGAAUGACCA